AUGGCACGCAUAAUGGACUCAAUCUCCGUCUCCGUAGGUCAGUACCACGUCCAAACACUCACCAGAAACGGUACAAAUCAAAAGCGACAGCAUCCUCGCAGAAUCCAUUGUCUGGUCUCUGGAAGCCUACUCACCUUCAACGAUUGCACUACGGGCCCAACAGCGUCAAAGACCAUCUCCUCGAAUGUCUUCCAACCGAAUCAUCCAGAGCGUUCAUUCUGACUGGAUCGUCACUCGCCAACAAAACUGCUCUGAUUAAGCAGGUCGAGGAGCAGCUGGGCGACAGACAUGCAAGCACCUUCAGCAAGAUUGGGCAGCAUGCACCCGUCAAGGAGCUAGAUGAGGCCACGGCGCUGGUCAUGCAAGAUGAGAACAUCGAUACUAUCAUCAGUGUCGGCGGUGGCAGUCCAAUCGAUUCUGCCAAGGCAAUUAGCUAUCGAUUGAAUGAGAAGAAGAAGGGAAAGUUCUUAUACCACAUCACAAUUCCGACGACUCUCAGCGCCGCAGAGUGUACGCUCGGUGCUGGCUAUACGAAUGAGCAAGGAAUGAAGACAGGAGUCGCGCAUCCAGAGCUCGCACCCCAUGUCAUUCUCUACGACAGCAAGUUUGCUCUCGAGACGCCGCCCUGGCUAUGGAUGAGUACAGGAAUGCGAGCUAUGGACCACGCCGUGGAGCUCAUGUACCACCCCACCUCGACCGAAGUUCCAUGCCGCUGGAUGGCAUUGCACGCUGCCGGAGAGCUCUUCACAAACUUGAGGAAAUACAAACAGAACCCCAAGGACGAGCAGGUCAUCACAAAGCUCCAGCUAGCUGCUUUUGCGUCGCUUGGUUUCCUGGCUUUGAACGUGCAAGGGGGCCUUGGCCUCUCGCAUACUCUUGGCUACGCACUCGGGUCGCCAUACCAGAUUCCCCACGGCAUCACCUCCUGUCUGACCCUAGGCCACGUCGUGAAGCUGAAGGCAGAGAUGUCGGAGGAUGAUGCCGAGCAGCUUGCGCGCAUGGCUCCUUUCAUUGGUAUCGCGAAGUCUGGCAACAACAAAAAGGAUGCAACGGCGGUUGGCGAUGCCAUCUUGAAGCUGGUUGAGGAUCUUGGACUGAAGACCACGUUGACGGAGAAGGGUGUGGGCAAAGAUCAAGUGCCGGUAAUCACGAAGCUAGCGACGAGGCAGGAGAGCGGUCCGCUGUACGAAAGGGUCAAGGUUCUUGUGGAGAGCCUAUACUAG